GACGGAGUGUUGUUGUACUUAUUGUGUAAUGCGAGCCUUGUGACAUAAAAUACAUUUGUCUGAAAAACAGAAAAUAAAUUUGCCCGAAAAACAGACAAAAACAGGCCGAAAAAUAGAGGGAAAAAUAUUAGCCCGAAAAACAGAAACUACAUUUGCCCGAAAAACAGGAAAAAAUUGCCUGAAAAACGGAGGGAAAAAUAUUAGCCUGAAAAACAAAAAAUAAAUUUCCCCGAAAAACAGAGGGAAAAAUAUUAGCCCGAAAACCAGAAAAUACAUUUGCCUGAAAAACAGAAAACACAUUUUCUCUAAAAACAGAAAAAAAAUAGCCCGAAAAAAAAAGAAAAUACAUUUAGCCGAAAAACAGGAAAUAAAUUUGCCCAAAAAACAGGAAAAAUUGCCCAAAAAACAGAGGGAAAAAUAUUAGCCGGAAAAACAGAAUAUACAUUUGCGCGAAAAACGGAAACAAUAGCCCGAAAAAAGAGGGAGAAAUAUUAGCCGGAAAAACAGAAAAUACAUUUGCUGGAAAAACAGAAAAUCAAUUUGCCCAAAAAACAGCAAUAGGCUUCCGUAGUUUUGCAGUCUGUUGGACUCAGCGCCGUUGGUGGAUUUUCCGGAGGUACCCGAACGCCGCAAGGGGCGCGCUGGUCGUCGGCCGCGCCCCCCUCGUAGUAGGGCGGGGAAGAAGCCGCCCGUUUGGUUUCGCUCGCUUUCAAAAAGUUACACAAGCGAGGGCGAGAUUUUGACAACAGGGGGCCUGUUUCGCAAGCGCUGACAAGCCGUCACGCCUUUGUCGUUCCAUUCACCUCGAGCGUGGGAUCUUUCCCACCUCAACGUCGUCGCGCCCCGCCGACCUCAGUGGCCACGUUUUCCGCUUGCGGAUCGAAAGAGCAACCGAUCAAAACAAACAAGCAAGCAAGCAAGCAAACCGACCGACAGACGCCUUUUUUUUGGGGGGGGGGGGGGGGGUUGGUGGGGCGAGAUUUCACGAUCGUCGACUCCGCGGGAAUGUGAUUUUUGUGGAGGUUCCGCGACAAAAGCAAACAGGUCGCCGCCGCGGCCGCCGUCAAGUGGGAUCACAUCGGACCGCGAUCCUUCCUUCCUUCCUUCCUUCGUUCGCCGACUGAGAGGGUUUUGGGGGGGUACCAUGGAGCCGAGCGCCGUCCUUCUCACCACCGGAGGAUCCUACGGACUCUUCCGAUGCAUCAACGCCGGGGUGGGCAGCUUGCCCGUGCCGGAAAGCGCCCGCAAGAACGCGAUCAAAUGGAGAAACAUCUCCACGUCCUUCACGCACAGCCUCGUCACCGCCAUUUGGGCCGUGCUUUGCUUUUUCCUGCAACCGGAGAUGGCCGAAGACCUGAUCGAGACGCAUUCGGUGUUUUCUCACGCCCUGGUGUCUUUUUCCAUCGGUUACUUCAUCUACGACCUGUGCGACAUGGUGAAGAACCAGAAGUUAAGUCAGUGCUGGGAGCUCGCCUUGCACCACAUCGUAGUGAUCACAUGUUUCGGGCUUUCUGUGCUGACGUACCGCUACGUGGGUUUCGCCGUGGUGGCGCUGUUGGUGGAGAUCAACUCGGUGUUCCUCCACCUGAGGCAGAUCCUGCGGCUGGCCAACCGGGCCGCCGGCACCGUCUACCGGGUCAACAGCAUGAUCAACCUGGGCACCUACGUGGUGUUCCGCAUCAACACCCUGGCCUGGAUGACCCGCUGGCUGGUGCUGAACAGGGACAAGGUGCCCCUGGCGGCCUACACGCUGGGCAGCGUCGGCUUGGCCAUCAUGACGGUCAUGAACAUCAUCCUGUUUUACCGCCUGCUCAGGAGCGACUUCCUGACCAGCAGCACCCGAGAGCCCAAGAAAGACAAGGAAACCUAGAAUCCACUUGGACACCGCGCUACAUCUGGUACAUCGGUUUCCGCUUUUGUUCUUGUUGCUCGAGCUCACUAACAGCUGCAUUUGUCUUCUUUUUUUUUUUUUUUUUACAUACUAACGCUUACACCGUUGCCUCACUGCACGGCGCCCGGCAGGGCGUUCCGAAAUGUAGCUGAUGGUGAGCAAAGCUCACAGGCGUCUCUUGAUGGCGUUCAUGUACGUCGCGGCUUUGGGUUCCAUCACCGCUGAGCGAACCAAUCGGGCAAAUUUUAUUUAAAUCCCGUCACGCAAAGGUGAUGAUGCAUUUUUUUUUUUUUUUUUUGUGAGAUUAACUUCGAGCCAGCUACUACCUCAGAAAGCUUUCAGUAC